AUGGCGGGCGCGCUGGGCGUGGGGCCGGGGGUGCUGGCGCUGCUGCUGCUCUGGGCCAUGGCGCUGCUGCUCGGGAUGGCGCUGGCCCGCGCCGGCCGCGCCCGGGUCGCCGCGCUGCCCGUGGUGCUCGGAGCCGCCGCGCUCACGGCCGCGCUGCUGCUCUUCCCCCGCGAGGGCGAGAGCCCGGCCCCGGCCAGCGCCGAGGAGGUGAGCCCGGGCCUGAGCGGCCAGGCGGGCCCGGGGGCGGGGGGCGGUACCCCGGGGAUGUGCCUUUGCCCCAGGGAUGGGCUCCGGGGAUGCCCUGAGCCUCUAGAAAUGGACCCUGGAGAUGUGCCUUUAUCCCAGGGAUGGGCUCCGGGGAUGCCCUGAGCCUCUAGAAAUGGACCCUGGAGAUGUGCCUUUAUCCCAGGGAUGGGCUCCGGGGAUGCCCUGAGCCUCUAGAAAUGGACCCUGGAGAUGUGCCUUUAUCCCAGGGAUGGGCUCCGGGGGUGCCCUGAGGCUCCGGGGAUGGAUCCUGGAGAUGUGCCUUUAUCCCAGGGAUGGGCUCCGAGGGUGCCCUGAGGCUCGAGGGAUGGAUCCUGGAGAUGUACCUUUGUCCCAGGGAUGGGCUCCGGGGGUGCCCUGAGCCUCUAGAAAUGGACCCUGGAGAUGUGCCUUUAUCCCAGGGAUGGGCUCCGGGGGUGCCCUGAGGCUCCGGGGAUGGAUCCUGGAGAUGUGCCUUUAUCCCAGGGAUGGGCUCCGAGGGUGCCCUGAGGCUCCGGGGAUGGAUCCUGGAGAUGUGCCUUUAUCCCAGGGAUGGGCUCCGGGGGUGCCCUGAGGCUCCGGGGAUGGACCCUGGAGAUGUGCCUUUAUCCCAGGGAUGGGCUCCGAGGGUGCCCUGAGGCUCCGGGGAUGGACCCUGGGGAUGUGCCUUUACCUGCUGCACAUCCCUGACUGCUGCCCUGCGGCCCCGGGGAUGGGCCUUUACCUUGGGAAUGGCCCCAGAUGCGUCAUUUCCCCAAGGAUGGGGCCAUCCUGAAACCCUGGGAAUGGUUCUUUAUCCCAGGGAUGGGCUGCAAGGGUGCCCCGAGGCCCCGGGAACGGCCCUGCGCUGCCUUUUUGGUCUCCUCCUCUGGCACAGUCUCUGGCUGGCACGGGCUGUGUGGCUCCUGGGGCCGCUGUCUCUCAGUUUCUCUGACUAAAUCCCUGAUUUUUGUGCUGUUCCACCCUGACCUCUGGGAUUUGGCUCCCAGGGGCUCUGCACAGCCAUCACACCCCUGCUUUGGUCCCUCCCAGCUCCAGCAGCUCCUGCUCCCCCUCUGCCGCCCCCUUUCCUUAUAAUUUUCCUUCCGAUGUUGCAGCCUUUCGCUUUCCCCCAGCCGUGUUUUCUGUUUAAGCCCAGUAACUGCUCUUCAGCUCUCUUUGUAGGUUAUUGCUGUGCUCGAGCAUGGAGCCAUCUGUGUUUUCAGGCACAGGAUCUCCCCCAACCUGGGGUUCCAUCAGGCUGCCUGAGCUGCCACCUUGAGCUCUCCCAGAGCUCUUUGGGCUCUGAACACACAAAGUUUUGUGGCCUUUCAGGUGCCGUUUCCUCUGUUCUAUUAUUAAUGCGCGUUAAUUAUUGCUUUUCUGGAUUUUGAUCUGUGUAAAUCCCUACUAAAAGAUACUUGUAAGGUUCUUUUCUUCUCUCUGUGUUGCAUGUGACCUGCCUGUGUGAAGGUUGGGAGCGAGAUGAAGGGCAGCCCAGCACGUGUUUGUGCCCGGGAGGCGAAUGCAAUUGGAAAGCUUCUUUUUUUUUUUUUUUUCAUGGAUCUUCAAUUGGACUGGACCUGCCCUGCCUAUCAAUAAUACAUGACCUGGGCUUUCUGCACCAAAACUCUGCUAAUUGGCUAAUUAAAAAGUGAAACGUGCAGAAGGAGCCAGCACUUCGCUCACCAGAGACUGUCUCUGCAGCAGCACCAGGGCUGAGCAUGUGCUAAUGUGAUGGAUAAAGCUGAGCUGGGGCUGAGCAAAGCUCGGGGGGGUCUCGGGAGCAGAGAGGGGGAUUUUGUAACCAGCCUCCUCGCUGUUGGCUUCUCUUUGUGUCUAGCCUUGCUGCUGUAGCUUCUUUUUUAAAUUUUUUUCUUCUUUUCCCACUAUUUCCCUUCUAAAAGGGAAUCAGGGCUGGAGGUUUGUGAGUGGGGAGAGCUGCUCCAGGGCUUGGUUUGUGUCCCUUCCCUGUGCUCAGUACUGUGCUGCUCCACAUUAACAUUCCCACAAGUAGCAUUUUGCAGAGAUUCCUGUCGCUCAUCCCAUGCCAGGGAUGAGAAGCAAGGGGAGAAAUCUGGGGGAGCCCCAGAGGUUCUCUUUUGCAGGCUGUGGCGUGCUCCCUCCAGGCUCCAGGAGCAGACUGGGGC